GGACAUUACGCUAAAAUUUAAGCACUAAUAUAUUUGACCAUUUCUCGAUAAUUGAUGAUUACAUAUCAUACAUAAGGCUUUUGCAAAGAAUGUUGUUUCCACGCGUAACUACUAACUGUGUUAUUUAAUAUAUACAUUGAUCAAAUAAAAAAAGAUACAACUACAUUCACGAGAUUUAUCCAGCUUUUAUUUUACGUAAUUGAUACAUUUUAUUUUAUGUUACUAAACGAUUAUUGACUAAACUAUGUUAUAAUAUUACGUUCAUGCUAAUUUUUUGAAAAUUUUGAUUCGUAUCGGACCGGAAAAGAGAAUAUGCCAUUUCAAUAUGGUGGAUCGUUUUUGAAGUACUCAUUGUCGGUACUUUUUGUUUCUUUUUAAACAUUGAUAUACAUUGAUACAAAUUUUGUUAAGGAAGUACGAACUUGAUAAUUAAACAGAAGGUUAAUAGGUAUUAUAAGUCUACAUGAAUGACAACGAUUGAUGCGUGUUCGGUAACGGUUCACGUUUUUAGUUGAAAUGGAUUGUCGUUACCGCAACGAUUAUACAGUUCGUAAAAAGUCACACGUAUGUUCUGCUUUUAAAAUGUAUUAACAGUAAAAAAAAUAGUGCAUUACAUUAUCGUUACCUAUUGUAUUGUAAUGCCAUCGUUCGGUAGAAAUUGUUGUAUUCUAUUCUAAAAUUGUGACAAGUUCAUAGCAUUCAUCAAACAAAACAUACGAGUACACUGUAUAAUUACAUAUUAUGCACUUUGAAGUGGAAUCUGUUCAAAAAUAUCCAACCACAAACAUGAAUAAGUCAAUGGAGGACUUGUUAAUAUAUAAUCGUGAAGUUAUGACCGAGUUGGAAAAUCAGAAUCCAACAGCAACAAACAUAGGCAAUGGUAUAUCAGAUAAUGUACAAGAGAGUGGCGCAAGCGGAGAAAAGAAAGAUAGUCCAGUUUCAAGUCCAAAUUUAUCUCCACGCCCUAGUCCAAAAGUGCGUAAUAAACGAGAUCACUCCAAAACAAGUCAUGAUUCAAGUACCAAGGAAUCUAAUAGUGUCAACAAAUUGGAUGAUCAUCAAGUACAUCAACAACAAGAUAUAGCAAACAAAUCGUCAGAUUCUUCUCAGGCUGUAAAAAGUUCACACGAGGGUAAAAAGGAAACACGGAGUAGUGAACGAAAUAAAAAAAAAUCUUGGUAUCACGUUUUAUAUCCAACUUACAAAUCUAGAUCUGAUGAUUUUAGGCGUAUAUUUAAAGAUGUACCAGACGAUGAAAGAUUAGUUGUCGAUUAUUCGUGUGCACUACAACGUGAAAUAUUAGUUCAUGGGAGACUCUAUGUAUCUCAAAAUUACGUAUGCUUUUAUGCAAAUAUUUUUAGUUGGGAAACUCUAGUAUGUUUACGCUGGAAGGAUGUUACAUCUAUCACCAAAGAAAAAACUGCACUUGUGAUACCUAAUGCAAUUUUAAUAUGCACUGCCACUGACAAGUUUUUCUUGACAUCUUUCGGUGCAAGAGAUAAAACAUAUGUAAUGUUAUUUCGUGUAUGGCAAAAUGCUCUUAUUGGUGAGCCAAUGAAUGCACCUGAAAUGUGGCAACUUGUACAUUCUUGUUAUGGAGAUGAAUUGGGUUUAACAUCGGAUGAUGAGGAUUAUGUUCCGCCGUUACCAGCACCUGAUGAAGAGAAGUUAUCAACAAGAUUAUCCGUAGAAUCAUUUUCCGAGGUAGAAAGUGGUAAUACGGAACAUGCAAUAACUCGAGUGCCAGAUACAAUCUCUGAAACAAAAGCAGAAGUUCAUCAUUUGCCUCGACCAGAUCCUAUUAUCGAUGCAACAGACCUAAGUGAUACAACAGAAAGUGAAGCAGAAAAGCAUGCAUUAAAAUUAGGCGUUCGAGGCAGUGUAGUGUGUACCUCGCCACAUGAAGGCCGUCAAAUAAGCAAGGCUACAUUCCCUAUUCAUAUUGAUCAAUUAUUUACCUUGCUAUUUACAAACUCAAAAUUUUUCUUAGAUUUUCAAACUGCUCGUAAAACUACUGACAUAUUCAUCCAUUUAGAUUUAGUACAAUCAGAGUGGACUCAAAACGAGCAAACUGGUCAGAAAGUUAGAAAUCUAUCGUUUACAAUAGCACUGUCUCAAGCUAUUGGACCAAGAACCUCUCAUAUUUCAGAAACCCAGAUAAUGUUACCAUGUAGCAGACCUGGUCAUUUAUACAGUAUCGAUGUAGAAAGCGUAAAUGCUGGAAUCCCAUAUGCAGAUUCAUUUUCUGUAUUACUCCAUUAUUGCAUUACGAGCGCUUCUGAGAAUGAAACAAGUAUCGCAAUUUAUGCUCAAAUAAAGUACAAAAAGAAUGUAUGGGGUUUUGUAAAAAGCGUUAUUGAGAAAAAUUGUUGGGCUGGAAUAGAUGAAUAUUUUACGAGCUUGAUAAAAGCACUAACGGUAGAAUGUGAAGAAACUACUGGAAGCGGAGGAGUGAAAAGGAAAGCAAGAAGACGACGUCGUGCUACCGGUCCUGGUAUUUCUUUACAAACUCAUUCUUCAGAUCAUACGUCUUCCGCUCUACAAAACUCUUUAAACAUGCCACAUAUUAAUGAUAACACUGUUUCUGCUACUCGAGGUGACUCAAAUAUGAUAAUCAGUUCAAUGCUAUUGAUUGCUGUCUUAUGUUUGAUGGUAAUUAAUGGUUUAUUGUAUUAUAAAUUAUGGGGCUUAGAAGAAGCAGCAGCCUAUACUAUUAUGGACUUACAUGUAUUAAAAAAUACACCAAAAACCGAAGAAGAUUGGAUUCACUUAUUGCAACAGCAAGAAAGUUUGCAUAAUAUAGAAAUGAGAAAAUGGCAAAGAGUAUUACAUACUGCUGCACAAUUACUUAGACAAACAGAGGAAUCGUUAACAGAAUUACAAAUGAGUAUUCACCCAACUGCGACGGAAAAAAUGUUCUCUGUGUUAAAACCGAGCUUGAAAAGCUUUAAUUCGCGUACAACAGAACAGCGAAGUCACUCAGAAAUGUAAAAAAGAAUUAUGUAAAAAUAUUCCGAUAAAAGUAACGUGAGUAUUAUAAUGCGAUAAGUCAUUAAAAGUCAUGAUUCUAGUAAACUUUAAUUAAGUAUACUUAAUAAGAAUAAUAUAACACUAAUUAUUGUUGUACUUGCAUAUAACUUAUAAUUAGGUACACAAGUGCGCUCUGUGAUGGUGAUGAUGAUGAUUGUUGAUAACGCCAAAUGCACAACAAUACACACGCAAACUGUUUAUGAUCAAUAGGAAAUGCAAUUUAAAUUUGUUCGUUUUUAUUACUUUUAAUGUUUCUAGUAUGUUAUAUAUGUACGUAAAUUUUUUCCAUGUAGAAUACUAAAUUAAACUAAGUUACAUUUUUAAUAUAUGAAUUUAUAUUUAUAUGUUUGUUUGUGUGAAUGAAAGUUGUAUAUUAGCACAAUGUAAAGAAAGAAUAAAUAAUUUUUAGAGCAU